AUCGCAUCCCAAAUACCCAAUUGUUAUUAACCAUUGAAUUGAGUGAUGAUCUCAUUUAACAAGAGUUUCAUUAAAUAUGUUAAAGUGAUUGAAGGAGAGAGGGAUUCAAUCGGUUCGGCGUCUGAUUUACGCGAUUCAGAGGAAACGCCAGACGACGGCAUCGAUGAGGACGAGGACGAAGACUUCGCUCAAGAGGUGACUGCGAUCGAGAUUAAGCUGAAGGAGCCGUCGUCUUCGAGAGCGCCCAAACCAAAGCCUACUUUGAUAUCCAGUGACGACCUCCUGAUCGGUCACAUCGACGGCGAAAAGCCGUUGCUCUGCGACGAAGAGGACGAGACGUCGCCGCGAGUGAUACAUAUGACAGGCGGCGGUUCAGGUGGUCAUCACAUGCCCUCUUUGUCCUCACUUUCCAACGAUGUGUUCGCUUCGGCGCCGUUCAGAAAACCCCACACAAAGGCCAGGAAAAAGAGCGAUAAGAUUGAUAUGGAGUCCGAAGACAUCCGAUUGGUUGAGACGACAACGUCUGGCGACGAGAUCGACGAAGAGGUGGCCAGAAAUCUGAGGGCACAAGUGGUGAAGGACUCGAUGGUCGGUCCCAAAGAUCUGUUCGGUUCUAAACCAUUCACUGAACAACAAUUAGUUACUUGCGAAGAACAACACCAAAGCCAUCAAAGCUUGCAAUACUAUAGCGAACAACAGAUUCAACCGCAACAACAAACCACUUCGUUAUCUCAAAAGCCACUCAAUGCUGAACAACAGUUCCCGAGAAUUAUUCCACAACACUAUCAGCAAAGUUUCGACGACAAUAGCGAACAACAGAAACAACAACUUCUUAAGACACAACAACAGCCACUACCACAACAACAACAACCGCCGCCUCCGUUACAAGAACUUUCACAGCCAUCGCAGGACCUCUUCGGCGCCAUUCCAUUCUCGAGUAACUCCAAGACAUCUCAAGUGAUAGCACCGCUGCCGCCGCCCAAUGCGGUGAUAGCGCUGAGGCCGACAGUUCCGCCGAAGACAAGCAAAGUGUUGUCCUCUGCGGCCACUUCUCCGCCUAAGAAAGUGAUCGUUCACUCGACGGCAAUGGCGUCGAUACCGACCCAAUCGUCGGCCGAGUCGUCGACAAUGUCUCCGCCGUCGCCCAUAAAACCCGUUAAACCACUCCUCAAAUUGAAGCCAAAGUCAAAAGCGUUGUCCAAAACGGCGAAGAAGUAUGAGGUGGAGGACGACGACGACGAGAUCGAUGGCCUCAUCAGUUGCGAGAACGACGAGGAAUUGGUCGACACCAAGAAGUCGCGUAAGAAAGAUAAAAAGGAGAAAUCCGAAAAGAAGGAGAAGACGAAAGAGAAGAGCGAGAAAUCGAAAGACAAAUCGGAAAAAGUGAAAGAAAAGGAGAAAACAAAGGAUAAAAGCAAGAAAUCUAAGGAUAAAGAUAAGGAUAAGUCGAGACAUCAGGCGUUCGCUAACAUGUCGUUCGAAGACGUGACCGACGAUACUGUGGACACACUGAAGACCUAUCAUCACCACCAACAGCACCAGACAAUGGCCAAAGUCGGCAAAUAGUUGUACUUUAGGUUUAGUCUCUCUCUCUCUUCUCGAUCUUAAUCUCAACA